UCCACAGCUGAGUGCUCCCCCUCUCCUCUUCUUUCCAGUUUGGCAAGGAUCUGGGACAGACAAGUCAAGAGGUGGAGAGUGACGAGAAAGCUGAGGGGUAGAGUGAGGGGGAGAAGUGAAUAAACUGAGUUCAGGAGGAGGACUGUGGACAUGGAUGCCCUAGCACUAGAGGCCACCGGCGGUAAAAAGACGCUCAAUGGGGCGGCGGCGGCAUCUCCACCCUUGGUGAGCCAGCCGCCAGUCAAACGCAAACCUGCUAAAAAAACUAAAAAAGCUGUUGUUUUUUUUGAGGUGGAGAUACUGGAUGCCAAGACCAAGGACAAGCUCUGUUUUCUGGAUAAGGUCGAACCAAAUGCCACUAUCGGGGAGAUCAAGUCUAUGUUCCACAGGAGCCAUCCUCAGUGGUACCCAGCAAGACAGUCCAUUCGCCUCGACGCCAAGGGGAAGUCUCUGAAGGACGAGGAUGUUCUGCAGAAUCUUCCUGUGGGAACCACGGCAACAUUCUACUUCAGAGACCUGGGAGCUCAGAUCAGCUGGGUCACAGUCUUCCUGACAGAGUAUACCGGUCCUCUGGUCAUCUAUCUGAUGUUCUACUUCAGAGUUCCCUUCAUCUAUGCAUCCAAAUAUGACUUUACUACCAGUAAACACUGGGUCGUACAUCUCGCCUGUAUGUGUCACUCUUUUCACUACUGUAAGAGGCUGCUGGAGACCCUGUUUGUCCAUCGCUUCUCUCAUGGAACCAUGCCGUUACGCAACAUCUUUAAGAACUGUACCUACUACUGGGGUUUUGCAGCAUGGAUGGCCUACUACAUCAACCACCCGCUGUAUACUCCCCCCAUCUACGGGGAGCAACAGAUCAAACUGGCCCUCAUCAUCUUCUUGUUCUGUCAGAUCGGCAACUUUUCCAUCCACAUUGCUCUCCGCAACCUCCGUCCACCAGGCUCCAAGACCAGAAAGAUCCCCUAUCCAACCAAGAACCCCUUCACCUGGAUUUUCCUGUUGGUCUCCUGCCCCAACUACACCUAUGAGCUGGGCUCCUGGUUCGCCUUCACACUGAUGACCCAGUGUCUGCCGGUGGCCUUCUUCACCUUGGUGGGGUUCAUCCAGAUGACCGUGUGGGCCAAGGGAAAGCACCGCAGCUACCUGAAGGAGUUCCGCGACUACCCUCCUCUCCGCUCACCCAUUGUACCCUUCAUCCUGUAAAGGACCACAUGGUCGCUCCCUCGCCCAUUCAUCUCCACCCCAAAAGUGAAAAGGGUCCCCUCCUUUUGUUAACUUCCUCCUAAAUCUUCACUGGAUCCACAUUUGUUAGACUGACUUAAAGAAUCUAACCAAUUUUUCCUUCCCCCUUCUCGAUCCCUGUCAUGUUGAGUGAAAAUGUAAAACUAUACUUGCUAAUUUUUUUAUUGCCCCCUAUCAGACUUCACCUUCAAACUACCCAGUGUGUACUAAAUGAUUAACUGUACAUAAAUAGAGUAAGUUGGAAGAUGUCCAACGACUCUUAUGACAUCUGAUACUGUUGUUUUGGGGCUGAAUCUGCAUCUGGUGAUAUUCAGCAAAUCUUGAAUUGUUCCAUUUUGAUAUUAAUUAAUCUAAAUUUGAAGUCAUGACUGCAUUUAAUUUUGUUGAUGUCUGAUGAAGUGUAAUUUAUUAAAAAAAAGGGUAAAUCAAAUGUCA